AUCCAUAAUGGCAUUCAGUGGAACCUGGCAGGUCUAUGCCCAAGAGAACUAUGAAGAGUUUCUGAAAGCUAUUGCAUUGCCAGCUGACGUCAUCAAAGUUGCUAAAGAUAUUAAGCCUACUAUUGAAAUACAACAAAAAGGAGACAACUUCACUGUGACAUCAAAAACCCCCAAGCAAUCUGUAACGAACUCAUUUACACUUGGAAAAGAGGCUGACAUUACUACUAUGGAUGGCAAAAAGCUAAAGUGUACUGUGAACAUGGUAAAUGGAAAGCUUGUGUGCAAAUCAGAAAGCUUCUCUCAUGAACAAGAAGUUAAAGAAAAUGAAAUGGUGGAGCGUUUGACUGUUGGUGGAGCAACACUUGUCAGAAGAAGCAAGAGAGUCUGAAGACAGAUCCACUUUCUUUGAGACAUUUUUUACAUAC